AUGUUACCACCGGUCAUAAAACACGACUCACAUGCCGAGUCAGAUGGUUCAUGGUUAGGCAGUAGUUUGCGCUCAUCAGAUGGAGGAGCAUCGCAAGCUGGAGGUGUUGAUGAUAUUGGCUUGGAUGACCGGACACGCAUUGAGCGCAAAAUAGAACAAAUCAAGGAAAGAUUAUCUCGCAUUUCUCUUGCUAGAGAGGCGGAUGUUGAUGAUUUCUUAUCUAUGACUAGCAGUAUGGAAGGUGGGAACGAAAACCCACAACUGGCACGGAAGAAGCUGGAACAACUGCAGUCAAAAUUACUGGACUUGAAUAUGGGAAUCGUCACCGAACUUUCACCUAAAAGCGCUGUCCUUAAUAAUAUUAGGAAAACGGGUCCACUGCUUCGGGAAGUGAUAUCUGCACCGCGCGGUAUAGCACAUAUAAUCAAAAGUACUUUUGGAUCAGCGGAUAAUAUACCGGAUAGUAUUGCAAGUGAUGCAUCCAAUGUCGGCCAUUCCACUUUUUAUUCUGAUACACAAACUAAUGAUAGAAUACAUAAUUUGGAUUUCGAGAAUUGUGAUGUGGCACCACUACCAGCUAAGCGUGGACAUAAACGUAAUGAAACAAUGCCUUCACUGGCGUUUGAUCUCGAUAACUCUAUGACCUCGUCUCAUAAUGAACCAGAAGUCGGAUUUACCGCUGCAAAUACUGUGGUUGAGUUGCGUAAUGAUGUUCAAGAAUUGAAGGCACAGAAUCAAGCGCUUCUUGAGCAACUUAAUAAGUUACAGAACCAGAAUAAAUCUGAAUUCAGUUACUUCAAUAAUGCACUUCAUGAAGAAAGGAUUAAAGCUCAGAGGCUUGAAGAAAUGUUAAAUGAAACGAUUGAAUUGCAUCAGGCUGAAAUGAUUGCACUUAAAUCUGAUCUCAACACAAUUGCUACACGUAUGGAUUAUCAGUACAGCGACCGUUUUCGCUCCAUUGAAGAGAACAUUGAGAAUACUCAAAAUAAGAUGAUACGGAUGGAAGUAAAUGUGAAAGAAUGGACAGAAUCUCGACCACAGACAACAUUCAAUUCAGUAAUGCUUUCUGGAACAAAUAUUUUAGUGGAAUUUAUCAAGCUCGUAUUGCUUAUUGUGUCUUUUGCUCUUGAUUUUGUUAAACCUUUCACCGGCACCAGGACACGGGCUGGAUUUGUGAUCUUAUUUUGGCUAGCGCUAAUGAUUAUAACACAUUUCAUCAAUCUUGACGAAUUAAUACGUAGAAUUGGUGGCAUUUUGCAUCUUGUUUCAACAUCGUCAUCGUCAAACUCUACUAAUUUAAAUUCUUUAUAG